UCAAAUAAUGCUACGAUAUUUCAAUUGACUUCAUCUCUAUACGCCUAGCCUAGCUCCUCCAAUUCACCGAAUUCAUCUACAGAUAAAUCUACACAUCCCUAUAUUUAAUACACAAAUUUUAUAUUCACAAAAGUGGCGAAAGCUUUUGAUGUGAUACACACAGAGAGAUAUUUAUUUAUUCAAAGGGUUGAUCGAAACACGAAAUUCCCAUCUCUUGUGUUUCACGUUUGAUCGCUUGGUGAUCGAAUAAUAUUUAUUUAUGCGUAGAGAGAUUGUGGAGAUUGUGUGUGUGGAAGAGUGUGUGUAGAUGGGAGGGUGUACGUCGAGGCCGGAGAGUUGUGUGGGAGGGAGGAAGGGGAAGAAGUUGAGGAGGAAGAGGAGAGGUGGUGCUAAGCGCAGGGCUUCUUCUCGGUUGUAUGCGUCAGCGUCUUCGGGUGGAGCUCAAUCUGAUGAGGUGGUUAGCAGGAAAGUUGAGGGUCUUGGUUGUAAUGCAAAAGGAAGCUUGGAUGACAUGUGGUUCGACUCUGCUGCAAUACUUGAAUCUGACUGUAGCGAUGACGAUUUCCAAAGCAUUUCUGAUGACGUGUCAUCACAACAUGAGUCCGAAGCUGCAUCCAGAUUAAGUAUUUCUUCACUUAAAGAUGCUCAUCAUAGAAAUGGUGAUGCCAAUGUACCCUAUCCCCACCACUCUGCACAACUGCAAAAACAAGAAGACUACUCAGCAGGCCAUUCUGCACGCAACUCUGUCAGUGACACUUCCGGAGGUUCUUUGCAUCGAGGAGAGCAAGACUCACGCCUGAGAUCUGAUGGGACUUCUCAUGACAACUCAGUUUUCGUGGAUGAAACCUCAUCUGUUGAAGGAAGUGGAGGCAGAGGGGAUGAUUUAUUGGAUAAUUGUGGAAUUAUCCCAAACAACUGUUUGCCCUGUCUAGCUUCCACUGUUCCCACAGUUGAGAAGAGAAGGUCUUUCAGCUCAAGUCCACCUCAUGCAAAGAAAAAAGCAGCGAUUAAACUUUCUUUCAAGUGGAAGGAGGGCAAUUCUAGUUCCAGUUUACUUUCUUCAAAGAUGCUUAUCAAGAGACCUAUAGCUGGUUCACAAGUACCUUUUUGUCCGGCUGACAAGAAAAUGCCUGAUUCAUGGUCACAAAUUGCUGCGAGUACUUUCAGAGUCAGAGGAGAGAAUUAUUUAAGGGACAAAAAAAAGGAUCUUGCUCCCAGCCAUGCUGCAUAUAAUCCAUUUGGGGUUGAUGUAUACUUAUCUCAAAGGAAAAUUGAUCACAUUGCUCGAUUUGUGGGACUACCUAAUAUUAGUUCGUAUGGAGAACUCCCUCCAAUCCUUGUCGUAAAUUGUCAGAUUCCAUUGUAUCCUGCAGCUCUCUUCCAGAGCGAAACUGACGGGGAAGGAAUAAAUUUUGUCUUGUACUUCAAACUUUCCGAAAGUUACUCUAAAGAACUUCCAUCUCAUUGUAAAGAAGGGAUAAAAAAGCUAAUUGAUGAUGAAGUAGAAAAGGUUAAAGGUUCAUCUGUACCAUUCCGGGAAAGGUUAAAAAUAUUGGGUCGUGUAGUAAACGUGGAUGACCUUCAGUUAAGUGCAGCCGAGAGAAAACUGAUGCAUGCUUACAAUGAAAAACCCGUUCUUUCACGUCCCCAGCAUGAGUUCUACUUGGGAGAAAAUUAUUUGGAGAUCGAUUUAGACAUGCACAGAUUUGGUUACAUAUCUAGGAAAGGCUUUGGAGCAUUUCUAGAUAGACUAAAGCACUGCAUAUUGGACUUCGGCCUUACGAUUCAGGGAAAUAAACCUGAAGAGUUACCGGAGCAGAUCUUAUGUUGUGUGCGGUUAAAUGAAAUUGACUAUUCUAAUUACCAGAAGCUAGGGUUGAGUCAGGAGUCCCCUUGAUUAGUGUAUGAACUUUAAGGUCAUUCAGAUAGUAAUAUAUGAAAAGAGUCGCUUUUGAGUA